UCCUUGUAGGGAAAAUAACUAUUUUUCCAAAUGAUAUAAAUGCAUUCCUAUUGUGUUCAUUUGCUUUGAGUUCAUGUGGAGAAUCUAUCUGGAUUUGUUUUUGGAUCAUGUUAACAAGACACCGAACACCAUCUGGACAAGUCACUUGCUACAAUGGAUGGGCAGAGAAGUAGUUCUACAAGAACCUCCUAGCUAAUAGACGCAGCAGACUGGUUUCAUGAGGAUAUUCUUCAUUUUCUGACUGAAAAUAUGCAAGUAGUUGCUGUUCAAUUUGAGUAAGUCCAGUAUGUACAGUUGAAGGCCUUAUGCUGGACUUGCUUGAAGCAGAAGAGGCAUGGAACUUGUGUGUUUGAUUCUAUGCUGCAAGUGUAAGGAGAAAAUGUUACGAUCAUAUGAUCCGUUCUGGAAUGAUGUUGAAAAAAUGGACGAUGGUAGGAUGGAGUGUAAGUUCUGUGGGCAUUUAUUUGCCAAAGGUACUUCCAUUUCGAGGGUCAAAUUACAUUUAUCAGGAGUGAAACGGCGGGGUGUUAAAAUCUGUAAAGAUGUCCCAGAAGAAGUUCAAGAAGCAGCCCGUGCAGCAAUUGAUGGCCCUCCAGAAAAAAAACUUAAAACUGUAGCAGGCUCAGGAAGUAACGAUGCCAGUAAUGCAAUUUCAGCUUCGGCACAAGAACAGAACAAUGAAGGGAGACUUGUAGAAAUGGCACAGCAAGGAGAAGCUUUUUCCCCUGGAGAGCUCGAAGAGUGGGUGGAUAGCAUCACUGAUAAAGAGAUUGAGCCUAUGCAUGAUGCAUUUGAGACUAUACCGAGAACAGAACAAGUGCAGCAUGUGGAGAGAGGUAGCUCUCUCGAGAGGCCAUCAAUUAAUCAAGCUGAUGAGCCUCGAGGAGAUUCAUCCCAACCAACAGAUCCGUUGUGCCGUGACCAUGGAAUAUAUUAUGAUCAACUCUGGUCUCCAUUAGUAAACAACGAUUUCACUAUGAAUGAUGUGCAGAACAUGGUUAGAGUGAGGACAGAACCAGAGGAGGAGAAGGAGGAGGAGGAGAAUGUGGAGAAUAAUAGUGGAAGAUCAGUGCAGCCUGGCAUAGGAGCUAGUUCUUCCGGAGGCCUUAAAUACGACGCCUGUGAGACUAGAGGAGAUCCAUUGCCUCUUGGAUCUACAAGGCUAGUGGGUCAAGCAUUUGAAGAGAAUAUACAUGUGAUACGAUCUUUAUUAAUAGAAGAUGAAGUCUCAAUCAUUGGCAUUUAUGGAAUGGGAGGAGUUGGUAAAACAACAAUGCUGCAACAUAUCCAUAAUGAACUUCUACAAAGACCAGAAUUUUAUCAUGUUUACUGGGUGACUAUGUCUCGAGAUUUUAGCAUUAAUAGAUUACAAAAUCUUAUUGCUAAACGUCUUGAUUUAGAUCUUUCAAGUGAAGAUGAUGAUGUGAGUAGAGCUGUCAAAUUGUCAAAAGAACUAAGAAAGAAAAAAAAAUGGAUUAUUAUUUUAGAUGAUUUGUGGAACUGUUUUAGACCACACAAAGUGGGAAUUCCUAUCCCAUUGAAAGGAUGUAAGUUGAUUAUGACAACUCGAUCAAAACGGAUUUGUGAUCGGAUGGAUUGUCAACACAAAAUAAAAGUGAUGCCACUUUCUGAGGGAGAAGCUUGGACUUUGUUCAUGGAGGAAUUUCGACAUGACAUAACAUUUUCUCCAAAAGUGGAACGAAUUGCAGUAGCUGUUAUAAGGGAAUGUGCUGGUUUGCCAUUGGGGAUUAUAACAGUGGCGGGAAGCUUGAGGGGAGUGGAUGAUAUACACGAGUGGAGAAAUACAUUGAAGAGAUUGAAAGAAUCUAAACUUAGGGAUAUGGAAGACGAGGUAUUCCGGUUAUUGAGGUUUAGUUAUGACCGUUUAGAUGAUUUGACCCUACAAAAAUGUCUCUUAUAUUGCACAUCGUUUCCUGAAGAUCAUAAGAUUGAAAGGGAGGAGUUGAUAGAUUAUUUGAUCGAUGAAGGAAUAGUGGAAGGAAUAGGGAGGAGGCAAGAAGAACUUGAUGAAGGCCACACCAUGCUCAAUAGACUUGAAGAUGUCUGCUUAUUGGAAUGGGGUAGAUUGUGUAAUAUUCGUAGAUUUGUCAAGAUGCAUGACUUGAUUAGGGACAUGGCCAUCCAAAUACUGCAAGAGAACUCCCAAGUCAUUGUUCAAGCAGGUGCACAAUUAAGAGAAUUACCUGAUGCAAAGGAGUGGACAGAGAAUCUUACAAGAGUUUCACUAAUGCAUAAUCACAUUAAAGAAAUUCCUUCCAGUUAUUCGCCAAGGUGUCCCCAUCUGUCAACUCUAUUACUAUGUCAUAAUGAAAGGUUGGGAUUUAUUGCAGAUUCAUUUUUUAAGCAAUUAUUUGGGCUCAAUGUUCUUGAUCUGUCUUAUACAAAUAUUGAAAAUUUGGCGGAUUCUGUCUCUGGUUUGGUGAGUCUCACUACUUUAUUACUUAAAGGUUGUGAGAAGUUAAGACAUGUACCAUCAUUACAGAAGCUCAGGGCAUUGAAGAAGUUAGAUCUCUCUAAUACAACACUUGAAAAGAUGCCUCAAGGCAUGGAAUGUCUAUUCAACCUGAGAUAUCUUAGAAUUAAUGGAUGUGGUGAGAAGGAGUUUCCUAGUGGGAUACUAUCAAAACUCUCUCACUUGCAAGUCUUUAUAUUAGAGGAGUGGAUGCCUACUGGAUUUGAAUCAGAAUAUGUCCCAGUAACAGUUAAGGGAAAGGAAAUAGGGUGCUUGAGGAAGUUGGAAACUUUAGAAUGCCACUUUGAAGGUCAUUCUGACUUGGUAGAGUAUCUCAAAUCUCGGGAUGAGAACCACUCACCAAGUACAUACAAAAUUUUUGUAGGUCUGUUUGAGGAGUUUCAUCUCUUAGAUAAGUACACGUAUUGUAGAGAUAAAAGUGUUUGGUUGGGUAAUUUGACUUUCAACAGAGAUGGGAAUUUUCAGGACAUGUUCUUAAAUGACCUUCAAGAAUUGCUGAUUUAUAAAUGUAACGAUGCAACAAGUUUAUGUGAUGUUCCAUCCUUGAUGAAGACUGCAACUGAACUGGAGGUCAUCAGCAUUUGGGAUUGCAAUGGCAUAGAGAGCAUGGUUUCAUCUUCUUGGUUUUGCUCUGCUCCACUACCAUCUUCAUCUUAUAAUGGAAUAUUUUCAAGUCUUAAAAAGUUCAAUUGUUAUAGAUGUAGAAGCAUGAAGAAGCUGUUCCCUCUUGCCUUGUUGCCAAGCCUUGUAAACCUGGAACAGAUUAUAGUUUAUGAUUGUGAGAAAAUAGAGGAGAUAAUAUGGACAAGAUCAGAUGAAGAAGAUGUUGUGGGUAAAGAAGAAAGCAGCAGCAACAUCGAAUUCAAACUCCCAAAGUUAAGAGUUCAGGACUUGUGUGACUUACCAAAACUUAAAAGCAUUUGUAGUGCAAAGCUGAUUUGCGAUUCUCUCGAAGAAAUUGAAGUAUCAUAUUGUCAGGAGCUAAAGAGAAUGGAGAUUUUCCCCCCAGUGCUUGAAAAUGGCCAGCCAUCUCCUCCCCCUUCUCUUGCAAGAAUAUGUAUAUAUCCAAAAGAAUGGUGGGAGUCAGUAGUGGAGUGGGAGCAUCCGAACACAAAGGAUGUCCUUCUACCCUUUGUAGUGUUUUUAUAGGAGAUGACUCGAUGCUUAAUAUUGAAUUACAGAUAUUGCAAGGCCAGUUAGAUUUCGAGUCUAAGCCAUGGCCUAACAUUUCAGGCAGUGCCAGGGAUCUCAUAAGAAAAUGCAUGAACAUGAUCCAAAGGAAUGGCUAACAGCUCAUGAAAUACUAUAUAAGUGUCUUCAAUUUGCUAUAUGAUUGAUGCUUUUGGAAGAUAUGGAGAGGACUUGUGAAUGCAGAGAAUAUUGAAGGAAGGAUAUUGAAAGUGUUCCCAGAGACAUCUAAUCCCUUCAUCAUUGGAAAGCAACCAUGCAUCUUCAAGAAAUUGCCAUUGACUAGAUUGCAAUUUCGUAGACACAGCCAUUUUAACAUAGGAAAUCCCAGUGAAGAAGAACUAAUUGGCUAUAGAUGAGAUGACUGCUGAGCUUGAUUGUACGUCAUUCUGCCAUUUCACUGGAAACUUGCCAAGCUUCAAGACACCUUCAAACGGCAGACGCUCAAGAUGCCUCGACAUACAAAUGCUACUUGGGAGAUUGGCAAGGUUUUUGCAAUAUGGCAUCUCUUCCACAAUAUCUGGAAAGGCCUUCAGUUUCUCAGAGGCAGUAAGAAGCAGGGUGGCAAGAGAUUUCAAUCUGAAUCUGCUGAGAAGUCUUUGGAAAAUCUUACAACAUCAAGGCAAAGCUCCAUAAAAUCCUCAGAGGGUUGGGGUUUUCUAAAUGCUUUCCAGCUAAAAUGUAAGAGAGCAUCACUGGGACAUAGUUCCUCCACAUUUGUGUAGUGUUUCCGCUCCGUGGGAAAACAGCAAAUGUUCAUAUCUUCUCGUAAUAAUGAUUCUACUGUCUGUAACAAAGCAAUCUAUUCAUCCAGCUAACAUCAUCAAUGUCAAUAAGAACCUUUUUAGUGCACAA